UGUGAAACAAAUUAAUGGGUUUCUUUGUUGGGAUAUUUUUAAAGUUUUGUGAAAUAUUUAGAAAAAAUAUUAAAUGUCAUGGCUGUCCUGGUGACAAUACUCAUUGCUUUCAAUAUUUCUGUCAAUUAAUUGCCUUCAUUUGCAUUCAGAAAGUAUAUCAAAAUAGAAAAAGUCUUUCGACCCAAUCAAUCGCAGUCAUGUGAUUGAACAAAAUGGCGGCGGAUUCCGAGUGAUGUACGCACAGGAACUCUUAUAUUACCAAUGUUGGAUGGCGUUUUUCAAAUAACAAACGUUUAUAACAUUUCACAAAAAGUCAUGUAAAUAUCGUAUUUUGAAUUAAGCAUGUCAAGUCGGCGAAAGAAGGUGGUAUCAAUUAGCGAGAGUGCAAAUCUGAUACCAAUAACCGAAGUGUUAGGGAAGUUUUAUGAGGCAGAGGAACAUAAAUGGAGGAGCCUGGACAUUGCAAAUGCUGAGAAUGGACAAGACAGCAAAGAAAACAACCCGAACAUUGAAGUUGGGAAUGUUUUGUUAAGGCACUGCAGAGCACUGAAAAACAUCCAGAGAUACUUUAUCAAUCUUGAAGCAAGGAAAUGUUGCCUACAUUUGACACCAGCUCAACCCACUACAUUUAGCAAUAUCAGACUAGUGAGAAGUGAUACUGCUGAUGUAUCAGUGUCAGAGAGUCCACCUCCAGUUGAGUCCAUAGCGGGAAGGGUGAAAAUAAUUACAUCUAAUUCUAAACUGAAUGAAAAGGAUUUCACUGUGUACAAACAUGCUAUUCUGUGUGCCCAUUUUCCUCAGUUGUGUGCACCGGACCCACCCUCCUCGCCCACUCCAACCCCUAACCCUUCCACCAGUUCAGAUACAACACCCGCCAAGCUUUAUAGCUAUGAGAACUCCACCGAGGGCUCCAUACAUUACCGAUCCCUCAGAGCCAUCAGUCCUACAGGGUUCUCCUUUGAACAGCAAGAUGAAGCUGCCUCAUUGGUCCAGCCUGACGGAAUGUGUGAAUUACUGAGACAAGCCUUUGGACUGGCUAAAGACAGAGCAAUGCAAUAUAAUAAGAAAGUAUAUGACAGUUAUGGAAGGAAACCACCUGCAAAGAUCUUAGUUGAAGAGUUGGUUGGCCAGCUGUCAGUGCUAGAAAAUAACAAACAUCCCUUUUACAAUCCUCACAACUUUUUGACAAGGAAUGCCUAUGACAAAUGGCAGCAGCAGCAAAGACUUGUCAUCACUGAAUUGAUCAAUAAGUUCUGGCACUUCUCGCUUCCCCCUCUCAGCAGUGGUCAAACGGUAGAUCUCUCACGAGUCCAUGAAGAAUAUGAGUAUCUCAUGAGGAGACUAAUCAGUUUUGAGACUUGUAUGAAGCAGCAGAAUGCUGGAACUCCGCAGUAUGCACGCUGUGUUCCCUACUCUGCCACUUCUGCCAGGAUACUCACAGAGUUUGGGCUCAGAUAUGGUGUGGGGGAGUUAUACAGAAGGAUAGUGUACUUGCAGUAUUUAGCAGAGAAUUUGGAGAGUGAGCCUUGGUUUGUGGAGCACACUACCUGUGUUCUCUGCAAUAUCCGUGACAUGCUGCCACAAAAUAGAGGAAGGGUCAUCAUGGUGAAGCAAGAGUUUGAGAAGCUUCAAACAGCAAUUAUCCAGCUACAUGGACAGUGUGGCAACUUCCUGACAAAAAUGAAAAGAUUGUUUCCUGAAAAUAAACCACAGAGUGGAGUAGGCACCAUCAUUGAGCUGUUGGAUAACAUCCUGAAGAUGAAGGUCUAUCUGUCUGGCAAGAAGCAGUCCUCUGUUGGUGACUGGCUGCAGCAGUAUGCUGAGGAAAGCUUUUUGGUUGCAUAUGAGAGACACAAAACCAUAGCUUCCACUGACCUCAAGAUGAACACUGUGCUGGAACCACUAUCUGCAAAACUGCUUAAUGUCAUUAUGUUGAACAUCAGGGAUGAAUUGAUUGAUUACCGAACAAAUUAUCAAGCUACAUUUGAAGAUUAUUUCAACAUCAGCCAAAUUGCAGCAGUUUCCUUUUAUGAAAAAUUGAUGGAAGAUGUUGAGGAUCUAUGUGAUACCACACUGCAGCAAACGGCUGGAGACGAGGUAGACCUGCUGAUGGUCAGCUUGGCGUAUAGACUGUCACAACUUGACCAGGACUGGGCCUGCUUCAUCAGACCAAAGUUUCAGAGGUGGAGACAUCCUUUUCUGCUUCAAGUUCUGCACUGGCUUUAUGUCCUCAAGGAACACAUGCAAACACUGGUGCUGGAAUCUGUGGCCACAGAACAGUUCCGAAUGCUCAAGCUAACAUCAGAGCUGUACCAGGCAGCAUCCCUGGCACCAUUAGGCAGUGAUAACAGCAGAGUGCACUCUCCCUCCAUGUUCUCCCUGACUCCAUCUGUCCACUCAGCCUUCAGCACACCACACCAUCUCUCUGGCAGUUCAUCAGCACACAGUACUCCUGGUAUAGAGGAGGAUGCGCAGUUGAAUGGACAGGCCUCAAGGAUUACCGUGGAAGCUUUGGUACAUGGAGACAGGAAGGGGUCAUCUCUCCAGCAACCACAGACUCACUAUGAAAUCUAUCAGAGUAAAGUGAGACAACAGAAUGACUUGGACACCAGAUCAGUGGAUGUGUGGCAGACUGACGCAUUCUUGCAAGGACAGGGUGGCUUUGUUACACCUCCAGCCAUGCAAGGGGUAUUGACUUUCCAGAAGACCAUACACCAUAGCAAAUCCCUUCCAACUCUUUUCACUUCAUCAGAUUAUGGUUCAGAUACAUCCGAUUAUUCGCCACCUUUUGGAAUGAAGGAUGACAGUAAUUGGAGAUGGUUUGGCUCUCCUGAACUGGAGACUCCAAAGGCGAACAAGUCAAAAAAUGGGGUUACAUUUGAGAAAGAUCCACAUUCUUCAGAAAGGACUCCAGUCAAUGCAGCAGACACUGAGGGGAUCAAAAGGAGCAAAGACAGCAACAGAAAUUUGACAGGCAAGACGGAUGAUUCAGAACAAGAAAAAGAGUUUGGUUUUCCACCUCUCACACAUAUUGCCCAUUUAAAACCUAUAGAUAAUCAAACUCAGAUGACAGCUCAUGAAGAUGUUCUUUCUUCAGAGAGUUUUGAGCAGAGAGAGCUUGCAGAUGCCAGGCCAGAAAUGAUGCCAUACUUUGAUCCAUACACCGGAAGCUAUGUUAGUAGGAGUAGCUUCACUGCAAAGCCCUUAGGGGAAGGCUUGCAAUUUAUCAGUCUUAGGGGGAAAAGUCAGUCACAAAAACCCAGGAUUUUAGCAAGUAAAGUCAACAGUGCUUCAACUGCUCAGAGACCAACAUCCAGCAGAAAAAGUAGUAGAUCACACAUUAAAAGCCCCACUACACAAAAGACCCAGCAUGGACUAUCAGAAAUAACAUUAGCCGACCCUGCCUACCACCUCCCCAUCUCUGGAUCUGUAUUUGAUGUGGUCACCAUGUCCCAGCGCUAUGUGACUUUUGCAAAGACUAUGUGCGACACCAUCUGCCCUUUGCCAGUGUUUGAGGAGCACACCCCACCACCCACACCGCUUGAAGAAAGCAUGGGUUCUUCCACAGCCAGUAGCAACCCUCUGGAUCCAGAGUUUAGUCUGAGAGCAGCAGCCAAGGAAGCCAUGUUAGGAAGAAAACAAGUGUACAAUAAAUUGUUACAGUGUGUCUCAAAUACAGUUUGUUUGUACGCAGAUAACAUGAUGUCCAUGGAUCUUUGUGCAGUGUUUGAGAAAGAGGGAAUAGAUUUAGUUGGUGUUGAGUUGAUUAAGCAUUUGAAGAAGCAGAGGAAGCAAGGUCUUAUAUGGGGCUGUAGACAUCAGCUGGAGGGGAUUAAGGAUUGCUUCUUUUACAUGAGGAAAAAUCCCAACAUACUGUCAGGAUCACACGAACCAAUUACAGAAAGUAUGUGUGUCAGGAUAAACAAUGUGACAGCCUUGCUGGACCUGUUACCUGACCUGUGGGCCAGGAUGUCAAGGGCUGUGGAAGCUGAGAGGUUGUUUGAAGAAAGAAGCAGGAGUGGAACUGGGGAGUCCUCUGCUCAUCAGUCCAGCUUUGGUGACAGCGAAGACAGGUAUUUUAGUUUCACCAGACAGCUGUCUAGUGACAGUGUGCUUUCCCAUGGCUCUGAGGUGACAGACGAGUUUAUCCCAAAAAUAGGGCUCAAGGUGAAAGAAAAGACUAAACACCACCUUCAAAUCAUAUGGAAAGGGCUCGUCAACAUACUGGCUUAUAGGAUGAACCUGUUCUUCAAGGAUGCCCUUACCUUGCUCCUGUCUAUACAGCGCCCUACAUUGUCCAUUGAAAAACAACUGAAGCCACUCAUUGACUUCUUCACUGACCAUUUGACCUCCCUGGCACAGUGGCUUUACAGGGACUCCUUCAGGAAGUUUCUUGAAGUUCUGUGGCUCUUUCUUGCCAAGGAUUUUAAUGCUGAGGUGGAGAGCCUAAAGUACACAAGCAUGAACUCUGAGGCCAUUGCAGAAGUCAUGCUGCAGACCAUAGCUUUCUUCAUAAAAUAUUUGAAUGAAGAUGACAGAGGAUUGGACCUAGACUUUCUGACCACGGAAGUGGAAAAUGUGAUUUUCAAGCUUCAGUUGUACACCACACCAACUGUAAGACUAAUGAGACUUUACCUACAGCUGCAGGCAGAGAGAAUGCAGGAUACUUAUUCACAAACCCCAGGGUCAGAAGUUCCCAACAAGCUUUUCAUUGCUCAUAUGCAGCAUGAUUUACAUGCUAUACGCAAGUGUUUCAGUGGACAGGAACUUGUGGACUGGAUUGUCACACAUCCACAAGCUCUUCACCCAAAGAAGAAACAAAGCCAAGAUUCCUCUGAUAGCAAUUACUCGGUGAGCUCUUCAACAGAAGAAAGUGAGUCAGAGGACAUGGUGGCCAAAGCAGGGCACCUGGGACAGAAAAUGCUGGAGAAAGGAGUCAUUUGCAGCGUGGAGGAAGACAUGUACAAAGCAGCAGCACGGGGUCGUACAUACAGUGAUUUCUCCAAUAUACACAACCCAUUUGGACAAGUAACUCUAGACAGUCGCCCAGCAUCAACUUUCAACAAAAGAGCCUCAGACAACAGCAGCCGUACAAACAAACCCAGUACCUCCAUGGGUGCAAAUUCACAGGGCAAGUCCACCAGAAAUCUGGACAAUGGCACGGGCAUUGCUGGCAGUGAUGACAGUGACUCAGAUGAAACUGUGAAAGAUUCAUCAUCAUCUGAAGAUGAAGGUGCAGAAUUUCCCCCUUCUAGCCAAGUUCCUAAGGAGACCUUAGUUGGGGUAGAAGUCCAUCAUGGUGCCAGAGGUGGACACACCAGUGAUAGCGGAAUCCAGAGUGAAGGGGACUGCAGCAGACCUACCAGUGGAGUAGGCGCAGCCAAGCUUCAUCACCUAGUGCUUCAAGACCAGAUUCCAGAGUACCUGAAUUCUGGAGAUCAUGCUGACACUCGGGGAGCAAGUCCAGCAUUGAGUCAGAGAGACAAACUGGUGGAGAACAUGGGUCCACAAGGCUCUGCCUUAGGGAGACACUCUGCCGAAUCAUUCAAGAGCAGUUUGAGCAGUCGCCCUGGUUCCUCAAGUACCAGUGACUUGCAGAUUUUUCAUGCAUCUAAAAAUCAUUUUUACUGCUUCAGCAACAUCUUUGACUCUAUUACCAUGGAUGAUUUUUGCGGCAGUUCUGAGAUGGCUGAGGAAAUUUUACUGUCUCUCUCAGAGGACUAUGUGGUGGUGUCUGGAGCCAAAGAUAACAAGCACAAGCACAUUCCUAACUUGCUUCAAAAAUGCAAGGAUAAAAACGUCACAUUGGAGUUCAUAGUAGCUGUCUUGUAUUCAAGACGCAAAAGGGAUGUUUUUGCCCGAGAUUUCCUGAAACUCCAUGUUCCAGUGGAACUUGUGGAAGGCAUGGACAAACCGUUGGUAAAACCUUUUUUUGGAUGUUUUGUUCCUGGAUAAAUGAUACUGUUUCCCUGAAAACACUUCAAAGUGGACAUUUUUAAGGCAUGGAAUAUACAUAUUUGAAAAUAUUGAAGGUGAUUGAACUGACUUACACUAACAGACAUUUGUAUGAUGUAUGCUUUUUUUUUUCAUAUGGAUAGAAUUUGGUCAAACUGAAGUGCAAUACAUUUGUAAUUGUUUGCACAGACCUUCAUAAGGACGUUGAGGUUUUAGCAGUAUUGUCAAAAUAUUUUGAUGCCUGUAUUUACGUGUCGAUUUUCAACAGAAGGGUACCAUGUGUUAAAAAUAUUUGUAAAAAUUCAGAUCUGAUUAUAAUGACUUCCUUUUGAUCUUAUAAUGCUUUCUUAUUUUAUUCUGUUAGACUAUAUGGCAUCAUCAAAACAAUUUAAACACUUAUUUCCCAGAAUAUUAGUUAUGUUUGAAUUCAUAAGAAAUGUUUGAACAAAGACAUUGAAGCAACUGCUACUGGAUUACAUGGCUUGAGAGAUUGUAAAUAAUGCAGGUCUGAUUUGAAGGUGCUUAAAAUGUUUAAAAAUCUUUUUUACAACACAUUAUUAUGGCAUUGUUUGUCUGUAAAUUGUAUUUUUCCGAAUUGUCAUUAUACCCUGGCAAUGCCAAAGUGGAUAUUGAUGGAAAUUACUGUCUGUGAUAUCUUUGUCUUGGGUUCAAGUUUACCAAGAUAAAGAGCAAAUUAUCUUUGUGCAAGAGGAAUGGAAUAUAUUUGAUAAAGUGCAAAUUAUCUUUGAGCAAAAGGAAUGGAAUAUAUUUGAUGUCUAUAAACCUGAACUAUGAACCUAACUCUCUUUUGAAGCAUUUGUUGUUGUAUCGUUUGUUAUAGUUGAACUGCAUUAAAAUGGAAAAGUUGUAUUAUGUAAUUAUUUUUAAAAAAAUAAAACUUUGGUACCUUGUAGUGCACAGAAGUAUUAAUCUAAGGCAGAGCACAUGUAGAAGAUGUAAUGUGGGUGGGAUGUAAAACUGUCGUCUGUCAAAAUUUAUUGGUGUCAGUUUAAAAGUAGAAGUUGUUGGUAAGCUUAUUUACCGUACAUUCCAGCACGAUUCUGUGAUUAAUUAUUAUAGUCACAUUUAACAUCUUUACUUGCAAAGAGGAUGUAAUCAUAUUGAGCAAUCUGGCAGGCGUACUUCCCUUAUAUUAUCCUUGAACUUACAUUUAACGUUAAAGUUUCACAGAUAUUAACAAUAUUUUUCCUGUAAGAUGUUGGAAAAGAUGUGCUAGUUGGAUAAAGAAAGGAGUUUCCUUCAUCUUCUGUUUUUCCAGAAAUUCAGUGGCUUUUUAAGUGAGGGGCAUGCUGGUUUACUGUGAUAUGAUCAUUUGUAAUAAGUUUUCUGUAUUUUGUGAAAGGUAAUAUGUUUAAGAGUCAACCGUAGGUUAACCACCUCAACUAGGUAAAAGAGCUAUUUCUGGAAAGCUUGCCAAUUAUGUCACUAAGUACAAUGUUACGACUUUCUCAUCGUUUUUUCCAGAGCUUAAUAUCAGCCAAGAGGUCUUAAAUGUUCAUGUUAUUAGCUUUAAAACAUUUGCAAAUCAAACUGUAUUAUAUUUAUAUUUUAUUAAUAACUGAUGUUUUGUGCAGUAACUUAUGUAUCAGGGAUAGAUGUUUCAGUUUGCAACGAAAUGUAGGUAGUAGAAGUUAUCAGAUGGAAUGAACUCCAUCUGAAGUCAAAGUUAAAUGUUCCUAUUGUAAAAUAAUCGCAAAAAUUUGGCUGUUGUUCACCAAAGUACAAAAAUUUAUUUUGUUUAUUGUAUGCUUUACCUUAUCAUGUUCUGUAUUCAGUUGGAUAAUUGAUUGCUACGACUAAAAUAAAGCGGUUGUACAAAC